GCGAGGCUUUGAAAGUCUUGAGUCCGACUUCAGUCCAGGAGAGACCAUGUCCGCCGUCAUAGGCAAACUGUACUCACCUCUACUCUCAUUUAAAACUCAUUAUCCAUGAAAUAACAGUAACGCGGGGCCUGAAGAAUGGCCAACUCGGGGGCUGUUCAGGUAAAACUCGAACUCGGUCAUCGUGCCCAGUUCCGAAAGAAACCCACUGUGGAAGGCUUUACCCACGACUGGAUGGUGUUUGUCCGAGGACCAGAGCACAGCAAUAUUCAGCACUUUGUGGAGAAAGUAGUUUUUCACCUGCACGAAAGCUUCCCUAAACCAAAAAGAGUGUGCAAGGAUCCACCGUACAAAGUGGAGGAGUCUGGAUACGCUGGCUUCAUCUUGCCUAUUGAAGUUUACUUCAAAAAUAAGGAAGAACCGAAGAAAGUUCGCUUUGAUUACGACCUGUUCCUCCACCUGGAGGGCCACCCACCGGUCAAUCAUCUUCGCUGUGAAAAGCUCACCUUCAACAACCCAACAGAGGAGUUUCGUAGGAAGCUACUGAAAGCUGGAGGGCAACGGGAUCCUCACAAACGAAGUUCAGAAGACUCCAAAGUGAUGGUAAUGCAGGAGGGCUCCACCUCCCUUUUCAGCCAGAACCUGAAGCUGCCUACACUUCCCAACAGCUCGCUGACAUCCACCUUCUCUGACCCAAAGAAGAGCAAAAGCUUGCAUGGGUCAAAGGAUGGCUCCAAAGGAAGCAGCACCACCCUUCUCACCACCGCCACAACCACCAACAGCAGCAGCUUCUCAAAACUCCACAAACCCUCUAAGGACCACAAAGACAAGCCUCCAAAAGACUUGAAAGAGCCCAAAAGUGCCUUCAGAGACUCCAAAGAACCAUCCAGGAAACCCAAAGAGAACCAACCACUUGGAGAUAUGAAUCCUAAGAUGGGCUUUAAGGAACCCAAGUCUUUGUCCAAGGAGCAUCGGACUGAGGGAAUGACCCACGGGUCAGGGCUAAACAAGCGUCUGCCCACCCCCGAUAGUGACGAUCAUGUGACCAAAAAACGUAAAAAGGGAUUUGUGGAUCCAUCAGGGAGGCAUACAUCAGGGUCUGAAUCUCAACAUUUGGAUAAGAAACUCUUGAAGGAUAGAUCACAGAUGCGAACAAGUAAACUGCGACCAGAAGGUGAUGAGGCAGAGCAUAGGAAGGUGUCGACACUUCCGCCAUUCCAGGGACUGGUGGACCCCAAUGACUCUGAUAUGGAGGACCAGUCCACCAAAUCAGAUUCAGAGCAACCCAGUCCAGCCAGUUCCAGCUCCAGUUCAGGCUUUGCUCCCACACACCACAAACGACAAGUGGUGGACUUCAUCAUCAGGAAAAGGGUGGCUAUUCCUGCCACCACCCACACAGUGCUGGGCCCACUGCAGUCAGUCAUGCAGGAUCUGCACUCAGACGACAACGAUGAAGAUUCAGACGACGACAAUGACCAUGACAUGGACUCUGACGGGGAGCGGCCAGCACACACACAUCUUACACACCACCAACGCAGGGUCAGUUUGAGUGAUGGCAGUGAGAGCGACAGCUCCUCGCCCUCACCCUCAUGCCGCAAUGAAGCCCCCCCCUUACUAAAGACUACUAAUAACCAGAUACUGGAAGUGAAGAGUCCCAGCAAGCAGAGCAAGCAGGACAAGAACAGAAACAUAGAUUGUGACAAGGCUUACCUGGACGAACUAGUGGAACUGCACAAAAGACUGAUGACACUCAGAGAAGGUCAUAUCCUGCAACAGAUUGUGAACCUGAUUGAAGAGACUGGACACUUCCACAUCACAAACACUACGUUUGACUUCGACCUUUGCUCCUUGGACAGAAGCACGGUCAGAAAAUUGCAGAGUUACCUGGAGACCUCCGGAUUGUCCUGAGCCUCUGAGCAGCUGGCUGCUGGAUCUCUGUCUCCAUGUAGACUUUUGAUUUUUCUUGAACAAACUCCAACUUUGGAUGCAAUGUAAAGACCCGCUGUGGGCGGGUCCAGUUGCUGUGUCCAGCCUGCUGUUUGGACCGCUCUGGAUGCAGAGGAACCAGGGCCACGUGUUGGGGGGGAGGGUGAGCCCUGUGGAUCAGGAGAUCACCCAGAAAGCCUUGAAACGUCACUUGAUUUAUAAAAAUAAAAAAACAAGUAGGGAGUGGUCACCUUGUUGCUCUUAAUGAAUGUGCAUAUUUUUACCAUUUAUGUUCUUUGAUUUAUUGUUCGUUGGGACAAAUGCAUGGUCAACAUCGCCUUACUACAUUGUAAGUUUUAUUUAUUGAAGUGUGUGUGUGUGUGUGUGUGUGUGUGUGUGUGUGUGUGUGUGUGUGUGUGUAAGCACUUGACAGCAGCAUAUAUUUGACUCUGUGUGACAGUUGAGCAUUACUGAAUGUAAUACUGAAUAAUUUCAAUGGGAACAAAAAACUGCCAGACCAGGUGUGAAGGUGACGCUCAUACAUUUAUAUUCCAGUCCAGAAAAGAAGCAAAUCUGAGGUCCAGAUAAAGAUCCAGCCUGGCUGGGGGAUAACCGAGGCAUUGGUGCGGUUGUAUUGGCUGUACAGCCCCUGUUGUUCCCGUUCACACCUGUGCACCGAUGGCCUGGCUGGUACAGUGUCUGAUUAUUGGUUUCAGAAAGAUUCUGAGUGUGUUGAAGACUGUUAGACAUCCAAGAAGCAUACUGAGGCCUUCAUUUUGCAGGCAUUACUCUAACUUUGCAAGACUGCAUCUGAUUUUGAGCUAAAAACAAUUCUUUGGUGACUACUUCUGUGCAGAAUUCUAUGUUGGUGCCCCCCAGUGGUAGUAUAAAAAACACUUAUCUACAGCUAUUAUUGUCUCCCUCGGCCUCAUUGAUCUGACCAACAAUUUUCACUAAAAUGUCUUUUUCUACAAGCAAACUUUAUCGUGACAUACACACUCUACAUAUGGUGGCUUUGAAUCCCCACCGUUUGGUUUCUCCUCUUACAGGAAGCUUGUGUUUAAAGAUUUUGUGUUUCUAUUGCAUGUAUUAUAAAACACAACUCGCAAACUCAGACUAAUGUGAUCAUGUGUAUUCCACAUGCAGGAAAGAGAUUGGCUUUCCAGCUGUACAGAUUGAAGCACACCAGCACAUCAUUUCAAGUGCAACAUCUUUUAGCAGUUUUUUAUUCCCAUAUUGUGACACUGUAAUAAAGCAAGACUUGAGUGGCGGCUGGAGUGAGCUGAGCACAAAUGACUAAAGUCAAAUGUCACAUGCUACAAUCGAAAAACCAUUGCUUCCAAAGCCAGGACUAAUGUACUGCAGCAGGUCCGGCUGCAACGUGGAGAAAGUUACAGGGCCAAAUGCAUAGUUAAUAGAGCAAGUUGGUUUAGGAUACUGCUAAUGUUUGUCUACAGAAUCUGAUUGUAAGGAAAUCCUUCUCUCUUUGUAGAAUGGACCAAGCCCUGUAAGAGGAAAGGGAGAACAAAGUCCCUGCAUGCAGUCAGAGACCAGAAAAGAGACAACUUCUGUGUUCUGCAUUUCUGAAAUGUGUGAAAUAUUUUCGUUACAUUUAACAAAAGAGCGAGCCAAUGGGAAUUUUGGUUGACAGGUACUGUUACGGGUGUCUUUUAUUUAUUUUGUGGGUGUUUGAGUUGUUAAAGCAAAGCUCAGCAUCCAAUUCCCAAGGAGAAUGCCUUUGUUUGAUUUUUAAAGUUCAGGAUGGUAAGCAGUCCCAAUAACCUUGAAGGGCUUUCUUACUCUGUGUUCUGUCUUAUGUUUUUUUGUGUAUUUUGAGGACAUACAAUAAAUAUUCUGUAUAAUGUA